AUGGAGCCGAGGGUCGUGAAGCCGCCAGGGCAAGAUCUGGUGGUGGAGCGCCUGAAAAGCCGCUACGGCCUGGGGGGCGGCUGCCUCGGCGAGUCUGCUGGAAGUUCGUGUCCCACGCCGAGAACGAGGUGGUCGGUGCAGGACCUUACCGAGCCGCCUCGGCUGCCUUCCCUCCUGUUCACAGAGGAUUUGGACAUCUUCUCCUGUGGAGAUAAAGUCGGUCCGUCGUUGAGAUGUUUCUCUGACGAGAGGAGGCGGCGCCCUGUGUCCCCCCGCGGUGUUCUCACAGUGAACUGGCAAGAUGAUGAACUGGAUUCUUUUCAAGAUUUGAAAGAACCAGAAACAGAAGAAGAGUUCACCGGCAAUGACUCUAGAGUCAGUGCCUCCAAAAUAAACCAGCAGUCCUUUAAAGAGACAGGCAAAGCUGAUGCCUGGCCAGCUAAUGUGGCCUCACGUUCAAGGAGCUGGGCUGACUAUUGUAGUGAUGGCAGCGACUCCCCUCCCAAGCAUGUUGGCUCCCCUGCAUCCAGGGCCCCACGGAAGUCAGGCCUGCUGCCCCAUCAGGUCAGCAAGAUCUAUGACGAGCUGCUCCAGAUUCACCAGAAGCUGCAGUGUGAGACUGCAGCCCAGCAGGAAUUCGCUGAGGAGCUUCAGAAGCGAGAACGUUUUCUGGUCGAGAGGGAAGAGCUGCUCUUCAGACAUGAAGGUGCCUUGAGUGAGGUGAAAGACGUCAGAGAAGAGGUCCUCAUGAGGUUCCAGAUCAUGAAGGAGCAACAUGAUGCAGAAGUUGGGUGCUUAACUGAAGUUCUUAAAGAGAGAAAUAAGGAAAGCAAAAGGCUAAGGUCUUCCUUUGAUGCAUUGAAAGGAUUGAAUGAUAGCUUAAAGAAACAGUUGAAUGAAGUGAGUGAAGAAAACAGGAAGUUGGAGGUUCAGGCCAAAAGAGUUCAAGCUCGCUUAGACAAUUUACAGAGGAAGUACGAGUUCAUGACAAUACAGAGACUGAAAGGCAAUCCCCAGGCCACUCAUGAAGCAAAAAGUUUAAAGCAGGAAAAAGUACCAGCUUCAAAACCUUGUAAGGUAUCACUUAAUGGACAAGUUUAUGAACUUUUAACUGUCUUCAUGGAUUGGAUUUCAGAUCAGCACCUUAGCAAAUUGAAAAAUGAAGAAUCUGGAAUGGAUGGUGAAAAGCCACUGCCCACAUUUGCUUCUCAGAGAACUGAUAUUCAGGAGAAGUGUGUGAAGCUUUUGCCUCUGAUGACAGAGCAGCUGCAGUGGUUGCCCUUUGUGAAUGCCAGGCUUCAUGAGCCUUUCGUGAAGUUUAUCUACUGGUCUUUAAGGCAGCUCGAUGCCGGGACUCAGCACUCGACCAUGACAGCCACACUGAGGAGGCUGGGUGAAGACAUAUUCAGAGGAGUGGUGACGAAGGGUGUUCAGGACGCAGCCUUAGAGCACUCAGUGGAGAGUCGACCAAGGACAGCUGCCUUCUUCAAGAGCACCAGCUUGCCCCUGAGAUUCGUGUCCACUUUAAUUGUCCUCAAAACAGUCACUCAAGCUGACUUCCUGGCGCAGGCAUUUGACUCGCUAUGUCUGGACCUGCAGGCAGACGAGGGGAAGAGCCUGUUCCUGCAGUUGCAGGCGGUGCCAGUGGUGCUGAGCCACCUGAAGCUGUCCAGCCGGGGGCUGCUGCCCAGCGUGAUGGACAGCCUGCUACAGAUGACUGUGGAAUCCAGUGCCCUGCAGCCCUUUCUGGAGGCCUGCAGCUGCUCGCUCUUCUUCCGGACCUGCUCCGUGCUGCUCCGGGCUCCGAAGCUCGACCUCCACGUCCUAGAGAAGCUCAGUAUCAUCCUGCAGAAACUUUCCAAAAUCAAGAGUAAUAAGAAGCUCUUUGAACUCUUCACAAUCCACCUGAUGCUUCAGGAGAUACAGAGGACGACACACCCGGAGCAUGCCUUUCUCUGCAUCAACCUCAACUCCACUUUGUUCAAUUUGGGUCUAACGAAGUACAACUCCCUGGCCGCCAGCACAAACCCUUAG